AGAAGAAACUCUUUACUCAGAAGAUGAAAGCACAUACGAAGUAAUGGCGACAUCUUUAAGUCAAGCUCUUGAAGCCUCAUUCCAACAAGAAGGACAAAAGAAAAAGAAUUAUCCUAUAGACACAACUAGAACUAACGCUAUGAUAAUAACAGAAAAAUGA